AUGACUUCAAUUGCAGCAAUUGGGCAUGCACAUUUGUUAGCUGGCAAUGGAGUCAUGCGUAUGAAAGCAAUACAAAGUUUUGGACGUGAUGCUCUUAAGAACGGAGGUAUUACACAUGUAUGGAUAGGAUCAAAAUUUUACGCAGUUUCAGUAGACGCCGUCGACAUAGAAGUAAUUUUAAAAAGGUCUUUGGAGAAGGAUAACCUUACGCGCUUUGCAAGAAAUCUUAUUGGAAAUGGUCUUAUAUUCGCACCAGUAUCUAUUUGGAAACCACGUCGCAAGAUCCAUGCACCUAUAUUCAGCCCAGCCAACCUGAACAAGUUUGCGAAAGUAUUCACUGAACAAAGUAUAACAAUUGACGAGUGCGAGACCGACUGGUUGAGUGUACAAAUGUAA